CUGUUGUAAAAAUGCCUGGAGCCCCUGAUCUGGAUUCCGUAAAACUUCGGUCUCAGCCGGGGCGUCAGCUGUCAGCUGAUAGAAACCGGUUUGGCGAUCAUCAACCAGCUGUUCCUCAGCCAAUGGGCAGUAGUAAGUUGAGACGCUCUACACGGUUUUCUGCUGCAAGUUUGAACUCUGGAAGUCAGUUUCACAGCGUUAUUUCGAAUAUCUCAAUCAGAACUGAUGACAUUGGGCCUAACAACAGAGUUAGUGUGGACAGUAGUGCAACAUUAGUCAGUGAUGCUUCAUUUAUGCAGGAAAAGGAAAAGAUGUUCAGUGCUAUCUCUUACAAAUCUGAUGAUGAUGAUGUUGAUGAUGGUAUUAAGACACAACAGGAAAAAGGAGAAAAGAAAGAGAAAGGAGCAGGAGGAGAUUAUGAUUUAGUUCCUGUCCCGAGACUAGCAGCAGACCAGGAUUAUGAUUUAGUUCCUGUCCCAAGACUAGCAGCAGACCAGGAUUUUCUGAGGGUUGAGAGAGAAAGGAAAGAGCAGUCUAGGACUCCAGUGUCAGAGAAGAGUGAGACAGAGAACCUUAUGAGUGAAACAAGGGAGGAUCUGUUACAAGGUAUACGAGCAAUGGAUGAUAGUAUUCAGACUCUGAAAGCUGAGAUGAGUAAACUAAUGUCAGUUUAUGAACAUGUUAUUUGUUACAGUUUAUGA